AUGAUACCAGAACUUCGGCGAAGAGUUGAUGACUGUCCAGUGGGGGGCGUGUUCUACAUGUGCAAUGGUUUCCGUGGUUGCUGCACUAUAGAUCCAUGCAUGCCAGGUAGUACUUGUCCUGCCGACAAGGACCGAACUCCAGGACGAUCCUCAGAACCAUCUCUCGUUCCAAUCACAUCAAUUUCGAAGGCCACGCCCACCAUGACAGGGUCUCCGUCGAGGUCUACAAUAGCAUCACCACCAUCUCUCGAUUCAGAUAUUACAUUCAGCUUAGCGGAGCCAUCUUACAAGACUGUCACACAGAGUACCUUGACCACAGCAACACCAUCUGGUGACGCACCAGAAAUGACAAGCCACGUACAUUCGCCUGUAGCGGUUAUCGUCGGUGCGGUGCUGGGUGCUACGGUCUUUUGUCUAUUGUUGAUCGCUGUAUUGCUAUAUGUAAGGAAAAGAAGGCAUACCAAGAUAUACAAAGCGCCAGAUUAUCCGUCCCCAUUGGUUGGCAGCGACAUGACACCGCAGUUAACGAGCAAAGCAUCUUCACAGCUUCAGCAAAAGAUAGCCGCACUUUACAGAGCAGAAUCAAUAACAGAACAAGAUGAUCUCGCACAACUAGACAGUCGAGAGAUAGGUCGGGACAAACAUCGCUACAACGGCUCUGUCGGAAAUCUCGCUGAGCUUCCUGCUGAGCCAUUGCCGUGGCCAGGUAACUCUUCGCACGCACAACAUGUGCUGAGCGAUGACAAGAAAACUCUCGUGUUGACUUUUCCAAUACUCACAUCACGAGUCUUGGGCACCUACGAUCUCAUACCUUUUCGUCACUCGCGCAUACCUAAGUCUGCGCCAACUUUACCGUUCCUUUUCCAUCAAGAGAUUCAACAAAGCUCGCCUCGAUAUAUUCCCAUCGCCAUGUCCGAAGACGCUGCGCCGCCUGCAGCACCGGCAACACAAGCAGCACCUGCCUCGAUACCCCGCUAUUUUCGAAAUGAUGCGCCUCUGGCACGACGAGAUCCUCACAAGCAACUGUUAGCGUCAUUGGACCGACUGAUCACGGACUAUCCUCCGCAUCAUAUUCCUCCAGGUGGUGGCCUAUAUUAUGGACCAAUAUCAGUAGCCUACCUCUUUUAUGCCUUGCACAACAUAUAUCCUGACCUUACACUGGAUGAAUAUCCCUUGAACACAUGGUCUGCGGCUUACAUUGAACAAGCACAGGCCCAUAUCAAGGAAUUUCCAGCGCCAUCUCCCAAGAAAUGCGGCAUUUCCAACGACAUCAUGUCCCUGCUUGCGCUGUACGCCGUGACUGCGCAAGACCCAGACACGGUGAAAGAGCUCUGCGAUCAUGCUGCCGUCAUGCUUGAGGAUGACACCUCCAACGAAUGGCUGUUUGGUCGUGCUGGAUAUCUGUAUCUCCUUCGCCUCGUACGUGGAGCUUUUGCCCAUAACAAGGACGUUAUCGAACUCAUUGAGGACACCGCCGAUGAGGUCAUCGAGAACAUCAUGCAAAGCCCGCGACCCUGGAAAUGGCAUGGGAAGGCAUACGUUGGUGCCGUGCAUGGCGCGAUCGGUAUCAUUACACAGAUCGUGCUUACUGACCCUUCAUGGGCAUCUAAGCUGGAAGCGGAACUGGGUGCCUUACUCAGCUAUCAGUAUGAGAGCGGCAACUUCCCAUCAUCUCUGCCGCCAGGCCGUGACAAGCUCGUACAAGUCUGCCAUGGAGCGCCUGGUGUAGUCACUUCUCUUUUCUCGAUUCGAAAAUAUUUCCCAGGCCUCCACGAACGUAUUGACAGAGUUAUCGCCAAGGCCAGGGAGUGCAUCUGGGAGAGAGGCCUCUUGACCAAGGAGCCCUGUAUUUGUCACGGAAUCACUGGAAAUGCUCUUGCUUUGGACGGCAAGCAAUUUGAGCACUUCCUGACUUAUACCACAGGCCACGAAAUCAAGUCAAUGGCAAAAGAUGGAAACGCUCAUGUUCGCCGUGAGAUCAGGGAUCUGAUGAACAACUUUCCAGACCAAUGGAGUCUCUACGUAUUGGCGCUUCAAAAGCUCCAUAAAACUCCGCAAAAUAAUCCCAACUCGUUCUACGGUCUCGCAUCGAUACACGGCAGACCUUACGAGGUUUGGGGAGAUGCGAAAGGAAUCCCAUCCAAGAUUGGCAAAGCAGGCUACUGUCCACAUGGUAAUGAGUUGUUCCUGGGCUGGCACCGCCCAUACCUUGCGCUUUUCGAACAAGUACUAUCUGAACAUGUUCUCGAUAUCGCCCGACAAGCACCCGCUGAUCAGAUGGAACGAUAUCUCACUGCAGCCAACGAGUUUCGCAUACCAUAUUGGGAUUGGGCUCAGGGUACUACCGCUGGCCCUGUUCCAGAUAUCUUUACAGCUCCCUACUUGACAAUCAUCGAUACAGACCGCACACCAGUUGUGGUUUCAAACCCGCUAUAUUCAUACACGUUCGAUCCUGUACCCGAAGGAUUCGAUAUGAAGUGGCGCCAAAUAAGCACAACGAUACGAUGGCCUGAAAACGACGGCCCUAAUGCGACAUCACAGCAACUCAAGUUUGUAGAUGCCUUUAGAGCCCAGUCCACCAACUUGAUAGUUCAAGUGGGAGUCGCCUUCCGAUCCAGCACUUUCUCACGGUUCUCAAGUAUACUAGAAGACCCACAUGGUUGGAUGCACGGUGUGAUUGGUGGCGGCUAUACUGCCAAAGAACCUUGGGCUGGUCACAUGUGGCCACUAGAAUACUCAUCUUACGAACCUCUCUUCAUGUUGCAUCAUGCCAACGUCGACCGAUUGCUUGCGUUAUACCAAGGAGCAUACCCUGAUAGAUGGAUGCAACCGUCCAAUAUAGGUCCACACGGCAAUGUGUAUCUCGAGGAUUACCAGACUGUGAGUGCAGACACGGAACUUGUGCCGUUCAGGAAAUCACCCGGUCAGUUCCUCACUUUCAACGACUGUCGCAACACUACGACUUUUGGUUAUGCGUAUCCGGAAACACAGCGUUGGAACUUUGCAUCGGACGAAGCAUAUCAGAGAAGCGUCGCAGCGACCAUCACGAACCUUUAUGGCGGACGUACACGCGCACAAGCUCAAGUCCAAGUUACCGCCCAACAUGUGACGGCUUUCGGACAAGCACUAUUGGACAACAACAACACGUACACGGAAUGGACUAUCGAAACACAAGCUAUUGCAUCCAGGGUGCCCCCGACGUUCAUGGUAAGCUUUUCGUUGAUCGGUAUUUUCCAGUCCAAUCCUAUAAUCGACUUGGGAAGUUGGAUGAUGCUGAUGCCCGAGCGUGACGAUGUGCGCACCAUGGACGUUCAAUCAAAGCCAGAGAACAAGAUGAACGGAACAACGAGUAUAACGACGUAUCUCGUUGAUCGAGUUAAUGCCAAUGAGUUGUCCAGCCUGGAUCCGAAUGACGUGGUACCGUACUUAAGCUCCUACCUCACAUGGAACGUCUACGAUGAACGUGGUGAUCGCAUUCCGUUUCUCGACGCCGAGACACUGAAAGUGGAAGUUUUCGGCACACCUGCGCGCCUACCAGACGACCCCAAUGCACCGAUUGAGUACAGCGAAGGUGGCGCCAUACCUUACCCAGAAAUCACGGCAGGCAGAACGGGUCGUGUGAGUAAGAACCCGCCAGGUAUGAUGCCUCCUUGA